UGGCAGCCCCGGUAAAGGAACUAGUUCCACUUCCCAGUUCAAUUCAAUAUCCGGGAAUAAUAUGGCGAUCCGAAACUCUGACGAUAGACAGAGAAUUUAACACUGCUGAAAAAUUGAUUAAUUUGCUAUAAAUUUUAAACGGACGCGUGAAUUGAAAGUAAAUCAAGAAGAUAAACCCCAUUAACACAACCUCCAGCGAGAGAGUAAAAUGAAUAAUGAUGCGAAAACCCAUGAAUGCGAUGACUUGAAUGUGCGCUCUACGGCGUAUUUUAACCAACAAACCACAACCAACCAACCGAAAGCAACCAGCAAGAAUAACGCAGGCUCCAAUAAUAACAACACCAAUCAAAAGCCCAACAGACAGUUCAAUCAUAAUUUACCUCGUAUUGCCGCCGCCAGACAUUCAAUAGCCUCCGCUCUACUGGCUAGUAAUAGUCUAAAAUCCAGUGGCCGGAAGAUCCUGACGGCCAAGAAUGAGCCACUGACGACGACGGAGUCAUCAUCAGGCGCAUUAACCACAACACCCAUUAAUAAAGCUGCCGCCUCCCCAACCAGCCGAUUGAAAGUUAACAAUAACACCAAUAACACUGCCAAGAUGUCUGGAACCAGUAGCAGUCAGACCUCGGCCACACCCACACCGCCCACGGCCACCAGCAGCAGCAGCACAGCAACAACAACGAAUAGCAGCAGCGGUGGGAGUGGCGGUGGUAGCGGUACUACGGUCAUAGCCAAUCCCGCUUCGGUAACCACCACUGCAGCAGGAAGUGCCGCAAAGUUCCGUGCUGCCGUGGCCUCAGCGCCCAGCCCAGCACUGCCUGCCAACGCUCCUGCAAAUGCAACUGCUCCUGCCCCCAGUAGUAGCUCCUCCAGCUCCUCGUCCUCGAAGAAGACCCGAGCAGCAGUGGCCGCCCUGAAGCGGCAGGUUGCCUUGCAGCAGCAGCAGCAGCCCGUGGCCGGAAAUACCCCCAAUUUGACCAGCAAGGAUUCGGCGCAUUUGAAAUUCGCCGCAACCACUCUGCUGAUGGGCGCCGCAGCCGCUGCCGCCGAUAGCAACGCUGGCGCUGCUACCGGUGGAUCAGGAGCAGGAGGACCCAGAAUGGCCCUCAACCCCGCAGUAGAUGUGGCCAAUGCCGCUGCCGUGCUCAAGCAGAAGCUGAAGGAUGCGGCUGCCGCUGCCUCGGCCUCCGCCAACAAUCGGUCCGCCACCUCGUCCAUGUCAUCAAACGCCUCCUCGCUGUCCUCUUCGGCUGGCAUCGUAAAUGUCUUCUCCUCGGCGCUGCAGAACAUCAUCACGCCGGACACGGACACCGACACCGAGUUCUAUCCCCAGCCAGUUACCACAGACCUGUCCGAAUCGGAGGAAGAGUCUGUCUCGGAGAUCCUAUUGGCAUUCUUGUGUUUAAGGCCAGAUCUCCUGGACGAUAUUCCCGAAUCGGAUCCGGAUAGUUGCCCGCACGAGGGCGAGGUUCGUGAGGAUGAGGACGAAACGGAGGAAGAGUCGGAGGACUCUGAUGAGUCCGAAGGCGACGACGAGGAGGAUGAGGAGGAGAUAGAUGUGAUGCAGGACAAUGACGCAGACGACGAGGAGAUCGACGAUGAGGACGAGGAAGAGGACGCGCCCGAAGUGAGUUCCUUCCUGUUGGACGCCAACAACAAGCGUUCAAGUAAUCUCACCGCCCUGCUCGAGGCCGCGGCCAAUGAGAAGGCACCCGUCCUGCGCCACGCCACCCACGCCAUCGACGAGACCAAGCAGGCGCUCACCAAGAUGCGCUGUGCCAACAGUCCCCGCGACAAGAACAGUGGUUUCUCCCGAUCCCUCGUGGCUGCCUGCACGGAUAACGAUGUCAAUACGGUGAAGCGGCUGCUCUGCAAGGGCAACGUCAACCUCAACGAUGCGGCUGCCUCCACGGACGAUGGCGAAUCCCUGCUCUCGAUGGCUUGCUCCGCGGGUUACUACGAACUGGCUCAGGUUCUCCUGGCCAUGUCUGCCGCCCAGGUGGAGGACAAGGGUCAAAAGGACUCGACGCCGCUGAUGGAGGCCGCCUCCGCCGGUCACCUGGACAUUGUCAAACUGCUGCUCAGCCACCACGCCGAUGUGAACGCCCAUUGCGCCACCGGCAACACCCCGCUCAUGUUCGCCUGCGCCGGUGGCCAGGUGGAUGUCGUCAAGGUGCUCCUCAAGCACGGCGCCAACGUCGAGGAGCAGAACGAGAACGGACACACGCCCCUGAUGGAGGCCGCCUCCGCCGGCCAUGUGGAAGUAGCAAAGGUGCUGCUCGAGCAUGGAGCCGGCAUCAACACCCACUCGAAUGAGUUCAAGGAGAGCGCCCUCACACUGGCCUGCUACAAGGGUCACCUGGACAUGGUCCGAUUUCUGCUUCAGGCCGGCGCCGAUCAGGAGCACAAGACCGACGAAAUGCAUACGGCCCUGAUGGAGGCUUCGAUGGACGGCCAUGUGGAAGUGGCACGCCUGCUUCUGGAUUCCGGUGCACAGGUAAACAUGCCCACGGACUCCUUCGAGUCACCUCUAACGCUGGCCGCCUGCGGGGGCCAUGUGGAAUUGGCUACCCUGCUGAUCGAGCGGGGUGCCAACAUUGAGGAGGUGAACGACGAGGGCUACACACCGCUCAUGGAGGCCGCUCGCGAGGGGCACGAGGAGAUGGUGGCCCUGCUGCUCAGCAAGGGUGCAAACAUCAAUGCCACGACCGAGGAGACCCAGGAAACAGCUCUUACGUUGGCCUGCUGCGGUGGCUUCAGCGAGGUGGCCGCCUUUCUGAUCAAGGAGGGCGCAAACCUGGAGCUUGGCGCCUCCACGCCCCUUAUGGAGGCCUCGCAGGAGGGACACACCGACUUGGUGCGCUUUCUGCUCAAGAACAAGGCCAAUGUCCAUGCGGAGACUCAGACAGGCGAUACUGCCCUGACGCAUGCCUGCGAGAACGGGCACACGGAUGCGGCCGGCGUGCUUCUAUCCUACGGAGCCGAGCUGGAGCACGAGUCCGAGGGCGGACGAACGCCGCUGAUGAAGGCCUGUCGAGCAGGACACCUGUGCACCGUCAAGUUCCUCAUCCAGAAGGGCGCCAAUGUCAAUAAACAGACCACCAGUAAUGACCACACUGCCCUGUCGCUAGCCUGUGCCGGGGGCCACCAGUCCGUGGUGGAGCUGCUGCUGAAGAACAACGCCGACCCGUUCCACAAGCUGAAGGACAACAGCACAAUGCUGAUUGAGGCCUCCAAGGGUGGACACACACGUGUGGUCGAGCUGUUGUUCCGCUACCCGAACAUUUCGCCCACGGAGAUGGCAGCAGCUGCGAACGCUAGCCAGGCAGCGGCAGCCACCGCAGUCCCAUCUGGCCCGCAUCAAAUGCGACUGCAGUCCCACAAGAUCAUCCAGCAACAGCUGCAGCAUCAGUUCAACGCUCCCCCCGGAUUGCACGAGUUGUCGGAGGCGGCACGCGCAUCCAACCAGCAGCAUUUCCACCAGCAACAGUUCAGCAGUGCCGGCAACGGAUCCUCCAACAUCGUGGCCUUGGGCACUGGCGAUUUCUUGGACGCCGGCGAGCUGCAACUCACGGCGACAGCGGGCAUGGGCGCGGGAGCAGGAGCCAGCACCACAGGCAGUGAGGCUGGAAUGGAGGAGUAUGGGGAGGUCGGAGGAAUCGACCUGACCACCCUCGGUGCCCAGCAGCAGGAAGGCCUCAUUGCCAAGUCGCGACUUUUUCACCUGCAGCCUGGCUUCGAGCAGCAACAGCAGCAGCAACAACAGCAGCAACAACAGCAGCAACAACAACAGCAGCAACAGCCACCUGCAGCCGGUCAGCACCAACUGGUACCGUGCAAGCACUUCGAUCUGGACAUGGAGCACAUUAACUCACUCCAGCCGCCGCAGAAGGCGCCGCCAGCGCCUCCGGUACUCUUCCACACCGUUUGCCAGCAGCCUGUGAUUCAACAGCAAAGUCAGGGCAUGCUGAAGGGCUUGCUCCCGAACCGCGUUCGCUCUCAGAAAACCGGUGAGGUAGUAGAGUUUGUCGACUGUCCCCUGGAUCAGCAGCAGCAAAAUGAGCAGGUGCGUACGCAGCCUUUGGGAGAGGAUGGGAAGGCUCCGCAGUUCGCUUGCGUUGGAGAGGAUCCACGGCUGCAGCGCCGACGUGGCUUCAUGCCGGAGCUGAAGAAGGGCGAACUGCCGCCGGAGUGUAGCAGCAGUGACCCCAACGAGCUAGCCCUGAAAGGAGCCGAAAACAAUCAGCCCGUACCGACAGCACAGGACAAUAGUGCCUGCGCCCAGAUCCCAGCGCGAAACUCUGGCGGAGCCAUUACCCACUCUUCGGAAGUUCUCCAGAGCACAGCCAUCAGCGACAGGCCCAAGGUUAAGGCCACCAACAAGAGCAAUCGCAAGCAAGCAGCCGCAGCAGCAGCAGCUGCAGCAGCGGCGGCGGCAGCGGCAGCAGCAGCGGCACAGCACGCCCAGCAGGUGUUGCCAAACCUUCAGCAGAACCCGAUGGUGUCCAUCUAUAAUAACCUGCAUAUGCAGCAGACGCAUCUGCAACUUCAGCAGCAUUUGCAACUGCACCACCAGCGUGUUGCUCUGGACAAUGCAGCUGCUGCAGCUGCAGCAGCGUCUUCAUCCGGGAACGUGGCCUACUCCAAUUCACCGGCCUCUCCUCUCGCCUCCCCCACUGGCAGUGGCAACUACGUCGACCAGCAGCAGCAACAAUCCUUGGAUGUAGCCCUGCAGCGCAAGACGGCCAUGGAAGAUUUCCGUGGAAUGUUGGAAACUGCGGUGAACGGCUCGAGGGGCAGAAAAGACCUUGCCCUAAACACACCCCAGCUGAACUUCUUCAAGGACGGCUGGCAUAUGGUGGGAGUGCACAAUUUCUUUGGUGAUCAGCCCAAAUCGCCCACUGAGACUCCGCCGGAGAUGGAGGAGACCACCAUGUCCUCGCCAACCGAGGCAGAUCGUCUUGGACCGGAACCGCGGGCCGAGAUGAAAAAUUUGGCCACGCUCUGCUCGGCGGCAGCAGCAGCUGCUGCUGUGGCUGCGGCCACUAAGGAUCAGGACGAGAUUGGCUCGGAGCUUGAGAGCGAUUGCGAUGAUGACGCCGAGGGUGGAGCUGAGGCAGAUGGCGAGGAGAACACAUUGCCGCCCGAGCCGAUUGAGUUGGCUGCCGCAUUGCGUGAAGAUGGCAUCAUUGUGGAGGAGGAGGAGGAUGAUGAGGACGAGGAUGAUGAUGAUGAAGAGCAGGACACAAACAGCGGAGAGAUUGAUAAACUCAACUACGAGGACGAAGAUGCUGAGGUGGACAACGACGGGGAGGUGGACUACAUCGAUGAAGACGAAGCUGGUGGCGACGGCGAGGAUGAGGAGGACGACGGAGACGAUGACGAGUUCUUCUUAGACGAACCCGACAGUGAUCAAGGAGCCGGCAACAAUAACAACAACUCUAAGAGUGGCGCCAGUUCGCUGCCUCUCAAGCAGCGCAAGAUGACCACUCGGCUGGAGAACCUUAUCCUCACCUCGCAGUCGCUGUGCGACUUCCCGCCCGAACUCACCAACUCUGAGCUGGUCCAGGUCCUGCCCCAAAUAAGCCACCUCAAGGCGGCAGCCAGCAGCAACGCGGCGCUGAACAACGUGCUCCAGCAACAGCUGGCCAAAGCAGCUGCAGUCCACCAGAAGCUGCAGUUCCGUCAGCAAGAGGGAGAUCAGCAAUGCGAAGACGAUGGUGGCGCCAGCGCAAAUGAACUUUAUUCCGGCCUGGAGCACUUUGCCAAUGAUGGCGAAAUGGAGGACAUAUUCCAGGAAUUGGCAAGUAGCCUGAACUACCCAGAGCUGGCCGAGUUUAGCCUGAACCAGAUGUGCAAGGGCAGGUUUGCUGGCAACUGGGCUCAGUCGUCGCCCAAGUGGGCUGGACAGGAGCAGUUGGUGGGCGUGGUAAGGUCGCCGGGUCUCGUUAACCCUGGCGAUGUUCCGCAGGAUGCCCAGCGACAGGCGAAUCUCGUUCUCCUGGACUAUCCCAUGCAGCAGAACAUCCCCCUCGACCAGCGACUUAUUGAGGCUGAGGAAAUGCACCAGCAGCAACUCCAUCAAACGCCGCUUUCUUUGCUGCCAUUUACGGACGAUCAGCAGCAGCAGCAGCAGCAGCAGCUUCACCAUCAAGCUUUGCCCAAUGCCGGCGAUUUUCAUCAGCACCAGCAGCUCGCCUUAGAAUCCGAUCCGGAGCUAAAACAGCAGCUGCAGCAGUACUCCAAUGCGCGCACUAUCAAGGCUUUGGCCGCCCAGCACCAGCAGCAGCAGCAGCAGCCCGCCACCAACUUUGUCUACAACGUGGAGAGCGGCGACAAGAAUGCUCCGCCGGUGCAGUUGCUUUUCCAGUUGCCGCCGAACAUGACUCAGCAUCAGGCGCAACAACAGGCCUUUGCAGAGCCUCUCACCGAGCAGCAGCAGCAGCAGUUGCACGCUGAGCAGGCCCAUCUCUUCCAGCAUCGAACCGGCGGUCAGCGUCCGCCCACCCAGAGUGAACUAGAGCAGGUGGCCCAAGAGUUGUUGCUCCAGCGCAGCGGCCAGGUGCCAGGAGCUCCCGUUGUGGGUGUCCAAACACUGCCGCUCAAGCAAAAGCACUUUAACCUGCAGGAACAGCUGCUCCUUCAUCCUCCGCCGCACAUGCAGGCGCCCACCUGUGUCCAGCACCAGGUGGCUACGCAGACGCAUCCUGCCUCCGUGGUAGUGCCGCAGCCAGCAGUUGGUCAGUACGCGCAAUUUGCCCUGCAGCCUGCUCAGCAACAGCAAUUGCAGCAACAGCCAGGCCAGCCGCAGAACGAGCUAUCCAUUUGGCCGAUGGCCACGCCUACACCCACGCCUAGCAGCGGUGUGAGCGCCAGCAAGUCGAUGCCCGGCGGUAUAGCCAAGAAGGCCAUUGACAAGCAGUCGCGCAAGGAUCGUCGCUGUGUGAUGCGCCAGACACCAGCCGGCAGUCAAGUGAAUACCAACCAGCAUCAACAGCCCCAGGUCGCAACCGCCCAGCAACAGGCCCAACUCCAGAACCAGUUGGCCGUGGCGACCACCGUGAGCGUGGACAAGACCAUUGAGAUUGACUCAGAGACGGAGUCGAACCACGACACCGCCCUAACAUUGGCCUGUGCCGGCGGACACGAGGAGCUGGUGGAGCUGCUGAUCAAUCGGGGGGCGAACAUCGAGCACCGCGACAAGAAGGGAUUCACACCGCUUAUUUUGGCCGCCACCGCUGGUCACGACAAGGUCGUCGACAUUCUGCUCAAGCACAGCGCUGAGCUCGAGGCCCAAUCGGAGCGCACCAAGGAUACGCCGCUAUCGCUGGCCUGCUCCGGCGGCCGCUACGAGGUGGUGGAACUUCUGCUCAGCGUGGGGGCCAACAAGGAGCACCGCAACGUGUCCGACUACACGCCACUGAGCUUGGCGGCCAGCGGAGGCUAUGUGAACAUCAUUAAGCUGCUGCUCAGUCACGGAGCGGAGAUCAACUCGCGCACGGGCAGUAAGCUGGGCAUCUCCCCGCUCAUGUUGGCCGCCAUGAAUGGCCACACGCCGGCAGUGAAGCUGCUUCUGGACCAGGGGUCCGAUAUUAACGCCCAGAUCGAGACGAACCGCAACACGGCCUUGACUUUGGCCUGCUUCCAGGGCAGGCAUGAGGUCGUUAGUCUGCUGCUUGACCGACGCGCCAAUGUGGAGCAUCGGGCCAAGACGGGACUGACGCCGCUCAUGGAGGCCGCCUCGGGUGGCUACAUAGAGGUGGGUCGCGUGCUGCUGGACAAGGGGGCGGAUGUGAAUGCGGCGCCGGUGCCCACGUCCAGGGACACUGCUCUGACCAUCGCCGCCGAUAAGGGGCACCAGAAGUUUGUGGAGCUGCUCCUGUCCCGUAACGCCAGUGUAGAGGUAAAAAAUAAGAAGGGUAACUCCCCACUCUGGUUGGCCGCCCAUGGCGGGCAUCUCAGUGUGGUGGAGCUUCUUUACGACCACAAUGCUGAUAUUGACUCACAGGACAAUAGACGCGUGUCCUGCUUGAUGGCCGCUUUCCGCAAGGGUCACACCAAGAUUGUCAAGUGGAUGGUGCAGUAUGUGUCGCAGUUCCCCUCCGACCAGGAGAUGAUCCGCUUCAUUGGCACGAUCAGUGACAAGGAGCUGAUCGACAAGUGUUAUGACUGCAUGAAAAUCCUGCGUAGCGCCAAGGAGGCGCAGGCCGUCAAGGCCAACAAGAACGCCUCGAUCCUGCUGGAGGAGCUGGAUCUGGAGCGGACGCGCGAGGAGAGUCGCAAGGCAGCCGCCGCUCGGCGUCGUGAGCGCAAGAAGAAGAAGAAGAUGGAGAAGAAGGAGGAGAAGCGCCGCCAGCAGCAAGGCAGCGGAACUGGCGGAGACGAUAUGCAGGGCGAUGACGAUGAUGCCAGCGACAAGGACGAUGACUCGGACAAGGACGACGAGGAUGAGGAGGCAGCGCCGGCCGCCGCCCGUGAGGAGGGUGACUCGGGCAUUGAUCAGGGUUCAUGCUCCAGCGGCGACACCAAGGGAGCGCGCUUAGUAGGCGGCAGCCAAUCCGUUCAGGCUGUAGAAACGGCAGCCAACUCGGCGGGGUCAAACAACAAUCAGGGAAAGAAGAGCAAGAAGCAGCCGAAAAACAAGGCGGUAACCGUGGAACCACCGGUUUCAGCUCCCACCACGCCACCCGUCAGUACAUCCACUCCGAGCAGCGUCCUCAAGGGCAUCUCUGUGAAAAAGCAACCGGCAAUCGAAGUUGUCCGGCAGCCUCCUGUCACACAGCAGGCUGUUCCUUUGAAGCGACAGCUGGAAUUGAAAAAAGAGGAGUCAACUAUCAAGAAAAAGGAGGAGAAAAACAGCAGCUCAAACAGCAGCAGCAGCAGCAGCAACAACAAGCGUGAGAAGGAGAACCUUGCGCCCAAGGAGGUGGCUCUGCCCGCAAAGCAACAGCCCAGUAACUCCAGCAAACUGCAAAGCAGCGAGUCCGCUAGCAACAUUAGCAGCAGCACCGCCACCAACACCAGCAGCGCCAACACCACCACCCGCAAAGAAGUGUCCAAGCCAGUGUCACAAGCCACCAGCAGCGCCAGCCUGAAUCCUGCCAAGCGCAGCGAAGUCGACGGCUGGAAGGAGGUGGUGCGCAAGAGCAGCACCCAGCAGACUACGGCGGUGGGAGCGAGUGGGGCUCCUGCCCCCGUGACGGCCACCAGUUCGGCCACCAGCGUGCAGCACCAUCCGCAUCACCAGCACCAUCACCUGGCCAACAGCUCGAGCAACAGUUCCAGCUCCUUGGCCCCGGGCGCAACUUCAUCGGCAUCGUCGGUGCCCGAGAUGACUUGCAAGAAGGUGCAGGUGCCGGUGAACGCCAUUUCCAGGGUGAUUGGACGUGGCGGGAGCAACAUAAACGCCAUACGGGCCACCACCGGUGCCCACAUAGAGGUGGAGAAGCAGGGAAAGAACCAGUCGGAGCGCUGCAUCACGAUCAAGGGCCUGACGGAUGCCACCAAGCAGGCACAUAUGCUGAUAUUGGCCCUAAUCAAGGACCCCGAUGUGGACAUCUUGCAAAUGCUGCCCAGGAUCAACAGCAGCAUUAAACAGUCGUCCGGUGGCGGGACAAACGCUCCGAUGGCCGUGGGCACUUGGGACAAUCGCACCGCGGCCGGUGUCAAUGCGUAUACCUUUUCAUCGGCUGCAUCCACCACCUCCACAUCGUCCAGUUCGUCGGCCAGCUCCACCACAGCGGCGGGAACUGCCUACAGCAAUGCGCACAAGCAGCAGCAGCAGCAGCUGCAGCCCGUGAAGAGCACAAGUGGACGGUCCUCAACGUCUGCCAAAUCCAAUGGCAGCAGCUCCAAGGUGUCAUCCUCAAGUGGCUCUAGUUCUCGCAAUGGCAGGGGCGGCGGUGGCUAUCUCAGCCAGCAAACAACCGGUGGUCGCAGUUCCGGAAGUGGCUCUUCAAAUGGAGUGGCCAAGAGCAAGGCGGAGGGCUCAUCCAAAUCCGUGCCAGCCGCACAGAAAAGCACAACUGCUCUGGGCAAAUCCUCGACCGUGGCUCCCGGUGCACAGAACUUUGCGAAGGCAGCUGCCAUCUCCCAGUCCUCACCCAAGAAGGCAGAGGGAGGAGUGUCCGCUGCUGUGAUCACCUCUGCAGGCGGACGCAGCAGUGGCGUAGUGGCUCCAUUUGGCAGGGGAAAGCCGGUCGCUGGACAAGGAGGAGCUGCAACUGCGGUGGGUGGCAAUGUUGCCCAACUUGGAAGCGGCAGCAGCGGCAACAGCAACAGCAACAUAUUGGCUGGACCAAUUGGCACCUUCAACGUGGCGGAUGUGGCCGCCGUAAAUGCAGCAGCUGCAGCCGGUGCAGCAGCCACCGCCAACAGCAAUGUGAAACCCAUUGCACCUAUUGCCCCGCCCAAUAAGCGAGUAGGUUCACCCACCCAAGCCCAACAGCAACAACCGCAGCAGCAGCAGCAGCAACAACAACAGCAAUCCCAGCCAGCACCUGGGCCGCAGCCACAACAGCAACCCCAACAGCCUCAGCAGCAGCAGCAGCAGCAACAACAGCCACCCCAGCAACAGCAACCACAAACGGCCCAGCAGAAUCUGGUGAUAAACACAAACCUGAACGACCUAAUGGCCGCCUGUGCAGCAAACAAUGCCAGCGAUAGCUUCAGUGCCCAGCUGGCCGCCAAGUUGUCAAGCGCCUACUGCCUUUUCAGUGACUACCAACAAUCCCAGUGGGGAAAGUUGGGCGAUCCCGGUAUCGGAGGAGGAGCAGGAGCUGUGGGCGAUGGUCUGCCACAGGCGGAUGCAUCUAAGGCACCGGGAUAUAAUCGUAAUAUUCUCAGCUCGCCCGUGGGCAGUUCCAAGGCUUCGUCGAACCACUCGACCUCGCCGCCGGUGGGAAAUGUGAUCCAACAGCAGCAGCAGCAACAGCAACAACAGCAGCAGCAGCAACCACCUCAAUCCAGCCAGCAGAGUGUGCAGCAGGCCCUGAACAUAAUCACCAGUGGAGGAGCCGGCGGAGGAGUUGCUGCAGCGCCACCCAGAUCACCGAUGGUGUCCGCCAACGAAGGCAAUGCCACGGGAGGCCAGCCCUCUAUCAAUGGAAUCCAGACACUGGGUGAGUCGGCAGCUGCCCAUUCACCGGGCGUUAUCAAGCCGCCCACGGCCACAGUUCCCAUUCAGCGGCAUGUUCCUAUGCCGAUUUCUGCAGCAGAGGCCGGGGCUCCACCCACGUUCGGAGCGAUUGGUUCCAAUCCAGCCACCGCUGGCAAUUUAUCGGCAGUUCAAGCAGCAGCUGCUGCCGCCGCCGCCGCCAUGAUCGAUCGCCAUCAGCAGAACUUGCAGCGAAUGAUCUACGACAAGGCGGGAACCUCCCUCCCGCAGCAACAACAGCAACAGCAGCAGCAGCUCAACUAUCCCAUGGAUCCCUCGACUUCGCCGUACAUUGUGGAUGGCAAUAACCUGUUGCGUUUGAAUCCACGCGCUUCGCUCUUUGCGCAGGGCAACAAGCAGCCACAGCAGCCGCCGCCACAGGGUGGAGCCCAGUCGAAUAUGUUCGGAGGCAACCAAGGGAGACAGCCACCGGGAGCAGGAGCCAGGCAGCCGGGCGGAGCAGCCGCACAGCGCUGGUAUGGCGGUGCCCUAGAGUAUCCCACGUACACGGGUCGCGACAUGCUGCACCUGGAGAACGGGGCCGGCGGAAUGGCGGGCCUGGGCUCCCCAUCUGCCAUGUCGCCCAAUCACGACGACAUCCGCAAGAUGCCGCGCCCCAUUGGCACGGAGCGUGCAGCUUCCUGGAAGUUUAACAACUUUAACGUGGCCGCCUCGGCGCUUAGCAUGGACGAUGCCCUGACCAGCGCUCUACCGCCAUGGGCGCACGAGCCGAAGGCGCAGCCGCCAGGUCUGCAGCAGCCGCCACCUCCGCCGCAGUCGCAGCAGCAGCAGCAGCAACAGCCGCUCAACUGGCUGAAGCAGCAGCAGCCGCAGCAACAGCAGUAUAGGCCCUACAACAACGGACCCUAUCCGCAGCAGCAGCAGCAGCAUGAGCCAAUGAAUAUGCCAAUGGACUAUCACAACAUGCAGGCGCUGCCGAACAUGAACCAACAGCAGCAGCAGCAGCACGUCAACUUGAUGCCCUCGUACGGCUAUCAGCAUUUUGUGGGCGCCCCUGGAGCGGUUGACAUCUCCGCGCACAUGCCGGACAAGAUGGAGGUGUGGGAUCACCACGAUAAGCACAUGCCUUGGACAAACUACACCACCAACUGGUCCAAUUGAUGGCCCGGCGACACUCAAAGGGAAGAACUCUUCGAUACCUGCCGUUCAAGCAACUGAGUCGGGCAGCUAUAGAUGAGCAGUCUUCCAAAAUACCAGGACCCAGGCAACAUCAGUAGCAGCAGUAACAACAUAAGCAUCUCACUGAUUUGAACAUGCAAAGCGAAAUAAUAUUUAUUGAAUUUCUACGUUUUCUAUUCGGAUUCUCGGCUUCUUCCCCCACUACUUAAACUUCUAACUACCUGCCAACCAUCGUGAAACCAACUAACAACAAAACGAACUCAUGUGAAAAUUGCAACAUGGCUUUGUUCUUUAGUUUAUCGAUUUGAAAUCUGUUGAAUUUGGGUGAUUAUUUAAAUUCGCAGGUUAUCUUGAAAUUUAACCAGAGAAAGAAAUCUUAAAAAAGCAAACGAAAUGCAAAUGAUAAAAGCGAAAGAAAAGAAGAAAAAAUGUUCGAAAGUGGCGCCCAGGCAACUGGGUGCCGUAUAUAUUAUUUAUUUUUAAAUGUAUUGAUAUUUUUUUGAAGAAGAAGCAUGAAGUUAGUGGUAGCUUAUUGUUUGUGUGAUGAGCGAGAGGGGAAACGAAACGAAAAGUAACUUUCACAUACACACACACAUGCACUAACCACUCCCCCGCACACAAAAACAAACAUACAUAAACACAAAUACAUUUAUUUUAAGCUAAAAGUCAGUCUUAUGAAUGAAACAUUAAAUUGAAAUGUUUAGCGCCAGCUAAAGUUCACACACAAACUUUUAUUACAACACUUAUACAUAAAUACAUCUAUAUAAAUAUAUUUAAUAACAUUAAUAAAGGCAACCAAUGAAUGUCAAAACUGUAAA